CGAGGAAUUUCCCAAGUUUUUUUGACAUUUUUGUUUAUUUUCCAAAUUUCCUUCUUUUAUUUUUUCCUCUUGCUGGACGAUAUCCCCUUGGUGACAAAAAAACGAUGCGUGUGGUCGAUUACAGUGACAAGAUUCAGGGAUUAUCUGUCAUUGAGGAGUUUGUGACGGAACAAGAGGAGACGUCGCUUAUAGAUGCAGUGGAUAAAGAAACAUGGUGUGGUUUAGGAAUAAGUCCAAAUCCGGAACUGAAGCGACGUACACAGCAAUACGGUCAUCUGUUUAGUUAUCGUUAUCGCAAAGUACUGCAGGAGUACGGUCCAUUACCUGCGUUUGUUGAAUCCACGGUUGCACGAAUUAUGGAGCACAAGCUGAUGCCUCAACCUCCCAAUCAUCUUUUGAUCAACGAGUAUAAUGCCGGUCAAGGCAUUAUGCCUCACGUAGGUUCGUACCUCUCUCUCUCUUUGUCGAUGUUGUCCGUGAGCGCUGUCCCAAACUCAUUCAUUUUCAUGGCUAUUGCAGAUGCGCCCACAUUAUUCGGACCCGCCAUUUUAUCCUUGUCACUUUUGUCGGCUUGUAUCAUGCGUUUUUCAAGUAUUGACGGUGACCACACAGUUGACGUUUUGCUGCCGCGUCGAUCGAUCGUUGUGCUCAGUGGAGCUGCUCGAUACCAAUAUAAACACAGCAUCUCCAAGGACCUUAUCGAAACGUCGUCGGAUGGUGUAACUGUUCAACGCGAUCGACGAGUAUCCUAUACGUUUAGGACCAUCAUUGCCUGGGAAGCCUCCGACGAUUGCGGUUGCGACGCAAAGGCGCGUUCCAAAGCCGACCCAACAGCACCACGUGCAGCAGCGUGUUCCUCUCAGAUGACCUAGUCCCUUUUGUCUGUCGCAUUCUACUCCUUACC